GCAGGCAGGUGCAGCCGCUCUGGGCGCGGCUCGGUGCCCCUGGCGGACUGGCCCUGAGAUGGCGGCCACGGCGGCGGGCCGGGAUGCGUGCGGGCCGCUGCUCACCUGGCUGCAGACCUUCGCCCCCCCCUCGCCCUGUGCCUCCCCCCAGGACCUGGCUAGUGGGGUGGCCCUCGCCCACGUCCUGCACAGCAUCGACGCCUCGUGGUUCAACGAGACAUGGCUGGGCCGGAUCCGGGAUGACGCUGAGGAUAACUGGCGGCUGAAGGUGAGCAACCUGCGGAAGGUGCUGCAAAGCCUCCUGGAGUACUGGCAGGAUGUGCUGGGCCAGGUGGUGGCAGAGCAGCACGUGCCCGACGUGGCGCUGGCAGCCCAGCACGCCGACCCGGAGCAACUGGGCAAACUGGUGCGACUGGUGCUGGGGUGCGCUGUGAGCUGUGAGAGGCGGGAAGAACAUAUCCAGCGCAUCAUGACACUGGAGGAGUCGGUGCAGCACGUGGUGAUGACGGCCAUCCAGGAGCUUUUGGAGAAAGAGCCGUCAGAGACGAUGACGGCGGAGACGUAUGGGAACUUCGACACACAGUCACGGCGCUAUUACUUUCUGAGUGAGGAGCCCGAGGACGCCGGAGGACCGCAGCAGCGCUGCCUUGAGCUGGAGCAGCAGGUGGCGGUGCUGCUGGAGGAGAAGGGCAGCCUGGCGGAGGAGAACCGGGCGCUGCGGGAGGAGAAGGCGCAGCUGGAGGCCGAUGCCGCUGGUGCUACCGCCAAGAAGCUGCUGUUGCUGCAGACGCAGGUGGAGCAGCUGCAGGAGGAGAAUUACCGGCUGGAGAGCGGGAAGGAGGAGCUGCGGGCACGCUGCAACCGGCUGGAGCGGGAGGCGCGGGGGCUGCAGGCACGAGCAGAGGAGCUGAGCGGCCUGGCCGGGGAGGCCCGGGCCUUGCGCGACGAGAUGGACGUGCUGAGGGCGUCGUCGGCGCGUGCAGGGCGGCUGGAGGCGGCGGUGGCGGCGUACCGGGGCCGGGCGGCGGCGGCGGGUGACCUGCGGCGCUGGGUGCGGGCGCUGGAGGAGCGCCAUGCCGCCCAGCUGCGCCGCGCCGCUGCGCUGCAGCAGCAGCUGGGCCGGGCGCAGGCGGGCUGCGCGCAGCUGGAGGCUGCCCGCAGGCAGGUGGAGGAGCUGAGUGGGCAGCAGGCAGAGGCAGAGCAGCGAGCAGAGAAGUGGCAGGUGGAGUUCAGGAACCUGCAGGAGAAGUUCGAGGCGCUGAACAAGGAGAAGGAGCGGCUGCUGGAGGAGCGGGACACUCUGCGUGAGGCCAAUGAGGAGCUGCGCUGCGCUCAGGUGCAGCAGAGCUGCCAGGCAGUGCUGGAGAAGGGGGCAGCCCCAGCAGGAAACCUAGCAGCUGAAAUCCUCCCUGCGGAGCUGAGGGAGACGGUGGCACGGCUGCAGCAGGAGAACCAGCGGCUACAGGCACAGGAGGUGACGCUGCGGCUCCAGCGGGAUCAGCUCCAGCAGCGGCUGCAUGAUGCCAACCGGCAGAGGCUUGAGUCCACGGGGGUGGCAGAGCUGUGUACAGUGCUGGGAGAUCAGGGGGACCCUGCAGAGGAGUUGCUGCUGCUGGAGGAGACCCUGGAGGAGCUCAAGGAGCUGCCUAAGGCAGGGGCAGAGCUGCAAGGGAAGGAGGAACUGGAGCCACGCAGGGACAGCAGCGGGUCGCAGGACGUGGAGGAGCUGCAGCACAGCCUGCGCCGGAGGGAGGAGACCCUGCGCGCCCUGGAACAGCGCUGCCGUCGGCAUGCUGGGGGGGCCCGCACGGUGUUGCGGGCGCUGGAGCCGAAGCCCCCUGGCCCCGUGGUGGCCCCCACCCUCCGUGCCCUCCGGAACCAGCUGCAGGAGAAGGACGCCCUGAUCCGGCACCUGGAGAGCGACUGCGAGCGGAGCCGUGCGCAGCGGGAGCAGGAGGAGCGGCUGCUCGUCACCGCCUGGUACAACAUGGGCCUGGCGCUGCAGCAGCAGGCAAGCGAGGGAGUGGGGCCACGGGCCCCCCCUGGGGGAGCUCAGUCCUUCCUGGCCCAGCAGCGCUUGGCCACAGCUGCCCGCCGCACCCGGCCCCCCCAUGGCCGCCCCCCCCAACCGCUGACUGGGGGCCUGGGGGGGCCCCCCCCUUCUCUGGGCUGGUCCCAUUUUAGAUACUACUGGCUUGGCCUUGCCCCCCAUUCUCUUGGGGGGGGCAAGGCCCUGCACCCCUCUUUGGGGGGGCUUUUAGCACUUCUAUUUUUGUACCCCUUUUCUGUGGGGUAGGGGUUCCUGCUCCCCCCCCCCCCCAAAUCCUUUCAAUAAAGCUACAGGAUUCAGGGCUGG